AUGGUAGCGGAGGAUGACCGCACUGGCCCCCAAUGCACAAGAGUAGAUUGCACUUUGUAUUGUAACGAAGUAAAUCGGCUGCGUGGUGAUCUGUUAAAGAAUCGAUGGAAGAACAAGCACUUACGCGAGCAAUUAGUCGCUCUGCAGUCUUAUACCAGUGCGCGAGAGGCCAAGACACAGCAGACAUUGCAGAGGAAGGACGACGAAAUUUUAUGCCUGAGUAAGAAAGUCGCUGGUCUUACAAUGAAACUACAGCAGCAAUUUCUCCAUACCUCGUCCAUUGAAAAGCCUUUUGUAGUGCCUUUAAAGCAAAACGUUGAUGCUUUAGAGACGUGCAAUGCGGUAUUUGAGAGCAAUUAUGAGGACGCACACGCUUGGAAAGAGCGAAAAAGUGCGGCUAGGAUGAAAUCUCAGCGACAAGUGAUUCAAGUGGUGAAAGAAAGGACGGACAAACAGAGCGAGCUCUAUACGACAUUGAAGAUGAACGAAAUGCUGCGAGACGAGGUCGUGCACCUGCAAAAAGCCAAGAAAAAGUUGUUGAAUCAAGUGGAACAGUCUUUAAUUUUGGUGGCUGCGAUACAGAACCAAGUGGAAAGAUAUCGAGACGCGGUAGGUGAACAUACAUUGGAAAUUACGCAGCUGCUGACGAAGGUAAAGCAGCUUGAGUCGGAAAAAUUGUUACUGAAAGAAAAGAUUAUUGAGAUAGACGAGAGAAAGACGACCAAUGGAAAUGCUCUUGCGAGCGAUACGAAGGCCGUGCUAAUGAAGAAAGCUGUGUUUGUUGUUUGGUUGGGUGAGCUACGGCGGAAGCUGAUGCAGCAUGAUCAGCAUCAACGUCAUGACAAGGAGAAAAAGGAUACUGUUUGCGUCAGUGUAAGUACUGCUACGGGUGAUUUGGAGAAUCAACUUGAAAUGCUGCAAGAAUUGUGCAUUCGAGACAAUAGCACCAUGUUUGAGUUGAGCUUACAACAAAGGAGCGAUGCAGAGAGCCGUGUAGAGCUUUUGGAUAUAGAUGCUGUGGUCGAAAGCGCCAUCCAGGCCGCUGUACAAAAGCAACCUCCGCCAGUUGGCACUAGAAACGACGAUAGGGGUGAAAAUCUACGUGCACUUGACGCUGCGAAAGCAACGUCACAACAGCGAGAGAAGGUAUGUUAUCAUUUGCGACCAGAAGUCACUUGCAGCAAAUCGCAGGAUGGAGAUGAUGAUGUGUGGUUUGCAACGGUUAAAGACGAAGGUUUUGCUCGUGUAGGGAAGAAUAAUAAGCAUGAGUCAAGACAAGCUGAGCGGCGUACGAACGUGACGGGGAGGGGAAAGGAGCACCUGGUAUCGUCGGAAGGUCGCGCAAGUGUAGAUGAGCUUCAGCACCAAUUAAUGCAGAUCAAGGUGACGUAUCAGCAGUUUCGUGUGCAGUACGACCUGCUUACAGAAAAACAGCAACAAACGAUUUUGGAAUACCAACGGAUCGUGCCAGAAAUGGAAAAGACAGCUCAGGAGCUAAAUGUAGUCCGAGAGAAGUCAAAUGACAAGAUUCAAAUACUGGAAAACGCAAUAUGCAUGAUGAAUGAUCGCGACUGGACAGCUCGGAAUACGAAGUGGAAAGCUUUUCGAAAGCGGUUAAAUGCGUUAGAAGAUGCAAUACAGGUCGAACAGCUGCGCCGCAAGCAACUGAACAAAGACUUCGAGAACGAACCGGCCCAACUACCACUACGUAACCUCAGGCGACAAUACGGUUACCAAAGUGAGACAGGUCAGCUAAAGAGCCAAGUGGAUGCGUCAGAAAUACGAGAACGUUUGCUCAUUGGACAGCUUCAAGCUGCUUCGAAUACUAUUGGGUGGAAGGAGAACAAGAUGCGAUUACAAGCCGAACUUUUUGAGACAAGGAUACUCAAUGAGGACCUCAAUCGGCAGCUGGAGGUGGUUCAAUCUCGUAACUAUAAGCUACUACGGCUAAAUGGAGAGCUGGAAGCUGAAAAGCGAGAGUUAAGGUCUAAAUACGAGGAUCUGGAGCUGGGCUUGCAGAACGCGAGUACAAGACUUUUAGGCAGGCUGAAAUUACAGCAAAGUAACCAACGUGAUGAACAAGUGACGAUCGCUAGCCUGACGCAGCUUUUAAACGGAAAAAAUACGUUGAUCAACCAAUAUCAGCGGAAACUAGCGAUUGUGCAGGUUUCAAGUGCCCAGGAUAAAGCGCAUGCUCGACUGGAGACGACUCAGCUCACUGAAGAGAAUCAGCGCAUGAUCGCGCAGCUUAAAAAGACUAUGAUUGCUGUGAGGUUUAUGGAAGGCUCCGGCAAGAGUAAGCAAGCGCUACAAGCUGUUCAAGAGUGUUAUGACCAUGUUUUGCAAGAGUGGAAGCAAGCAGAGGUUGCACUAAACAAUGCUAGGCAAUCGAUUUGGGAGUUUCAGAUUAAACAGAAAGUACUGCAGAACGAACGAGAUCUCGCUGAAGCUCGUGCGAUGGAGGCACUUGAGGAAAUUGUGCUGAUGAGAGAAAAUGAGGGGAAAUUAAAGUUGUUGUGUGAAGCGAUUAUCAAACUGAAGGAAGAGUUUCUGACGCCAGAGGAUAUUGACGCUGUCGAGUUUGCAAAGGCACAGGAGGUGAUGAACCAAGAUAUAUGUGCGCGAAAGCGAAAAGAGAACGAACGACGCGAGGAUGAAGAGAAGAAUUGGCAAGAGGAGAAAACACAGUUGCAGAGCCAAGUACAAAUAUUGCAAAAGGAGUUGGCUUUACUGGAAAUAGAAAAUCAACAACAGCGCACAAAACGCAACGCUGAAAAAGAGAGGGCAGAAGACAAGAAGAGCGCCUUGAAGACUGAUCUCCAGGUAUCAAGCGACGAAGUCGAGCGCGUAGAGCGUCUUUUAAAAGAUCAAGUAGUAGGCGAGGCGAGGGCAGUCAAAGAGCUGGAGGGCAAAAUCAAGGCCUUACAGGCUCAAAACGUUGCGUUGCGUGUGGCAUCCACUCAUGCGUCAGUGACAUCAAUUAAUGUAGCUGACGCGAAAGAGAAAUGCGAGCAGGUCGAGAAAGAAUGCAAGCUUCAGCGCCGUGUCGAAAUUUUGACGCUACGCCUCAAAGAAAAAGAGGUGGUCGUGGCAAACAAAGACAAGGAUCUCACACGCUAUGGUGAGCGAGUAUUAAACUUGGAGUCAGAGGUGCAAGAAAGGCAUGGAAAAGAGCAUUUGACGCAAAAUGCUAGUGCACCAGCGGCUAUCUCUGUGUCCGCCAAGCAACAUGUGGAAGAGUUGGAAUUUCAAAAUGCAUUUUUUCGAGAAACACUGGCGCUAUCGCGCAAGGAUUGGAAAGAAUCGUUUUAUGGCAAAAUGACGAGCAAUGAAGCACAGUUACAGCAUCUUCGUUGGCAACUCGUGCAGAAUGGUGUAUCUUUGAAUAACAGCGCUCCUGGCCAUGAGAUGAAUGGCACAAUCGGGCAUGGCUCAAACUUACGAACACAACGUGAGGGGCAGCACUUUUUUGUAGGCCAAGAAGUUCAAGAGGAAAUUUUAGGUCAUAGUAAUGAGCUGCGAAACAAGAAGCAACAUGUGGUGGCGAAAGACACCAGGUUGCUCGAACUUGAGCUGGAGAACAAAAGUUUGCGCCUUGAGUAUAUGCGGCUUCGACGAAAGAUCCGGUGCGGCAGUGGUGAUCUGCCUGACAGCAAAAAUGCACAGAAACAGCUUCGUGGGGCCAAAGGUAUAGGUAGUGGAGACCGACGAUCUUUACGGGCAGCACACGAAUGGCUGGAGCUUGAGGAUGUUGUAAAAAAGAUGAAAUUUGCGAUAGAGGAAUUGCGCGCAGAGAAUAAUAAGCUGAAGAAGGCGGCGAAGAGCAGGCCUCAGUAUCUCUUGAGAGAGGAGAUUUAA